CCGCAGCCCGCCGGCAGCCGCUGCUUUUCGCGUCCGAGUGCGGCGCCACCCCCUGAACUAUCUGGACUCCGACCAGACCCACAGACCCCUGCGGCUUCCACAAGCGGGAGUCAUCGCAGCCGCCUGCCCCGCACGGCCGCCACCCCGGAGCCCGGCUGUCCGUGCACCUGCCAGCCCCGCGCACCUGCGAGUCCCGCGCACCUGCGUCCCAGCGAGCGCCCGCGACCAUGGCCAACGCCGGGCUGCAGCUGCUCGGCUUCAUCCUGGGCACCAUCGGCUGUAUCGGCUCCAUUGUCACCACUGCGCUGCCCCAGUGGAAGAUGUACACCUACGCCGGCGACAACAUCGUGACCGCCCAGUCCAUCUACGAGGGGCUAUGGAUGUCCUGCGUGUCGCAGAGCACGGGACAGAUCCAGUGCAAAGUCUUCGACUCUCUGCUGAAUCUGAACAGCACUUUACAAGCGACCCGGGCCUUGAUGGUGAUCGGCAUCCUCCUGGGACUGAUUGCCAUCUUCGUGUCCACCCUGGGGAUGAAGUGUAUGAAAUGCCUGGAAGACGAUGAGGCACAGAAGAUGCGGAUGGCUGUCAUUGGGGGUGUGAUAUUUCUCAUUGCAGGUAUGAGUUUGGUCAGGCUCUCUUUAUUGGUUGGGCUGCUGCCGCUCUCUGCCUUCUGGGAGGUUUUCUACUUUGCUGCUGCUGUCCUCAAAAAGCAACCUCUUACCCAACACCAAGGCCUUAUCCAAAACCUGUGGCUUCCAGUGGGAAAGACUACGUGUGAUGCGGGCGAAGGGCGACCGUGCACUGGAAACAAACAGAAAAUGAACUUGGAAAUAUCACCUUUGACUUUGAGAUCAUAGACUUUUCACUUCCAUUCUGAACUGUGGUAUUAUGAAAGGAACCAUAUUUUUAUAAAUAUCAACUGCUGGAAGUAGCCUAGUCUGAUUUUCCCUUCUUUCCUCAGCCUAAGAGGGAAACCCUUUCCAUCCAGCGCUUCCCACUGAAUAAUAAUCGAACUCAAACAGGAAGAAAGGGUACUUCUUAAAUAUGUAUAGAUGUGUAUAUAUACAUGUUUUUCUAUAAAAAAAUUGGUACGAUUUCUUAUUCUCAUUAUGUUGGUAUCGGUAUACUUAAAAUACUUCUAAAAUAGGAAAAAUAUAUAAUUCCCUUUUGAUUGAGAAGUUUAUUGGUCUAUUUUUCUUCUCUGUCUCUCUACAUAUAUUAUAGAGCAAAUAUUUAAUCCCUUCCUAAGAUUUUUUUGUCUUUUCCAUAAAAUCAAAACUGUUUGUCGAGGAGUAAUUUCUGUUCUUCAUGCAUAACCUCUUUGUCUGCUUAUUUCAUUUUCUGCCAUCAUCUUACAGCGCUUGCUUGUUGUUACUUCCAUUUCUGAAAGUUGAUCUCUGAUUCCUCAAUCUGAUCAUGCAUGUCACAGCCUACAUCUGAAGAUCUAAAGCCAGUGAAAAUUGCUUUGAAACUCGCUGUGGCAAGCCAGCCCCUGCCCAUGACCCGAUGAUACUGUCUCGCUCACUGUCCCACGUGUUCCCUGUACUUUGUUUGACCUAACGCACUUUUAUUUGCUUUGAAAAUAUUUGUUUCAUUGCAUAGAU